UACACAGUAACGUUGGUGUAGUUUUGCUUUAGUUAUUUAAACUAAGAUAUUCAACUUGUUGUUUAUUUUGCUUGUUAUAAACUAGACUAAAAGGACUCUGUUGUUAUUGAUUCUUUACGGAGUUUACCGAAAGUUACGUUUGUUCCACGCAAGCCGUUUGUUUAUGCUGUUAGUGUUGAAACUGUCUAUAUAAAGAUCACUUGUUUCAAGGUUAUCUCAUGUUGAUGCCCAACUGGUAGUUGGUUUUAAUUGGUUUAAGGUGGCAGUAGCUGGUCUUAGCUGGUCCUUCCAGCCUGGCAAAGCAGGUCAAGCUGGUGGGUCAGCUGGUCUUCCAGUCCAGACCAUCUUAAAAAGUGACCAAAACACAGCUAGACCAGCUUGCAACACAGGCAAUACCAGAUAAAACCAAGCUGGAGGACCAGCUAAAACCAGCUCACCAGCUUAUGCUGGUCUUAGCUGGAUUUUUCAGUAGGGGCAUUCACAACUUUCUGGUACCUUACAUGUACAUUUUUUGUUUAGCAGAACCUCACUGUUAUAUCCAAAGCAAUUGAGAGAGCACCGAAUAUGUGAGUUGCACACCAUCCCAUAAAUGCAGUUAAAUGUGAAUCCACCAAACCAUUAAGGCAUGUCAAAUGUCAUAAAGGAUAUGACACAUAAUAGUGAACAUUUACACUUUGUGUAUGUCUUUGUGUUAUGAAACGAGUAGAAGACUGACACCUGGUGGACAUUUAGUAUAUGAAUGAGUGCCAAUGGAUUUUACACACAUUUCUUAAAGAAAGGAAAGUGAAACUAAAACUGUGUUGUUGAGCUGUUGUAUGCCUCACUGCGUGUGUACAUGCGUUAACAUGGCAGAAGCGAGUAUUUCAUGGGUUCAGGAUCAAUUCAGUUGUUCAAUCUGUCUGGAUUUACUGAAGGAUCCAGUGACUAUUCCCUGUGGACACAGUUACUGCAUGAGCUGUAUUACAAACUGCUGGAAUCAGGAUGAUAAGAAAGGAGUUUAUAGCUGCCCUCAGUGCAGACAUAUCUUCACCACAAGACCUGAUUUAUAUAAAAACACCAUGCUGGCUGAAGUGGUGGAGAAACUAAAGAAGACAAAACUUCAGACUGACGGAUCUGAUCUCAGUUAUGCUGGACCUGAAGAUGUGGAGUGUGACAUCUGUACUGGGAGAAAAUACAAAGCUAUCAAGUCCUGUCUGGUGUGUCUAUACUCUUACUGUCAAACUCACUUUGAACGUCACGAAGAACUUCAACCAGGAAAGCGACACAAAGUGAUUGAUGUGACAGGAAGACUUCAGGAGAUGAUCUGCUCUCAACAUGACAAACUCAUGGAGGUUUUCUGUCGCACUGAUCAGCAAUGUAUUUGUUUGCUGUGUUUGAUAGAUGAACAUAAAAAUCACGACACCGUAUCAGCUGCAGCAGAGAGAACUGAGAAACAGAGACUACUGGAGGACAACCAGAGAAAACUCCAGCAGAGAAUCCAGGAGAAAGAGAAGGAGAUUCAGGAUCUAAAAGAGGCUGUGAAGAUUCACACAAUCUCUGCACAGACAGCAGUAAACGACACUGAGAGGAUCUUUACUGAACUGAUCCGAUCCAUUGAAAGAAGACGAACUGAGUUGAUACAACUGAUCAGAGAUCAGGAAAAGUCUGAAGUGAGUCAAGCUGAAGAACUCUUGAAGAAACUGCAGCAGGAAAUUGAUGAUCUGAGGAGGACAAAUUAUGAGAUGGAGAAACUUUCACAAACAAAAGAUCACAUCAGUUUCCUUCAGAGUUUUCAGUCUCUCUCUUCAUCUCCUGGUUCUUCAGACAACAUCACUGUCUCUUCUCUUCUCUCUUUUGAUAAUGUGAGGAAAUCUGUCACUAAACUGAAAGAAAAGAUGGAGGAUUUCUGUAAAGAAGAGAUUGAAAUGAUAUCUGACAAAGUUUCAUACAUUGAAAUUAUUCUCAAUGAACCCAAGACCAGAGCGGAGCUCCUACAAUAUUUCAGUCUGUUCUCUCUGGAUCCAAACACAGCAUGUAGUUAUAUCUGUUUGUCUGAGGAGAACAGAGCGGCAAUUGGCACUGACACAGUUCAGCAGUAUCCUGAUCAUCCAGAUAGAUUUAAUGAUUUAUUUCAGGUGUUGUGUAAAGAGAGUUUGUGUGGACGCUGUUACUGGGAGAUUACGUGGAGCGGUUGUGUUUAUAUAUCAGUGUCAUAUAAGAGCAUCAGCAGGAAGGGAAGCGUUCAUGAGUGUGGAUUUGGAUGUAAUGAUCAGUCAUGGAGAUUGGUCUGUUCUUCCUCUGAAUGUUCAUUCUUACACAAUAACAUGAAGACAGAUCUGACCGUAGUCUCCAGUUCUUGUAAAAUAGGAGUUUAUGUGGAUCACAGUGCAGGAAUUUUGUCUUUCUACAGCGUCUCUGACACGAUGUCCCUCAUCCACAGAGUUCACACCACAUUCACUAAACCUCUCUAUCCUGGGUUUGGGUUAAAUACGAGCUCAACUGUAAAAUUGUGUCAUCUAACAAUAUAAAUCAUAUACACCAUUUGUGCUAUAUACAACCCCAAAUCAGAAAAAGU